UGGUCUCGACUAGUCCAACGACGGCCAUAUUGAAUGUCUUCACAAAUCGCCUUACGGUGGAUCUCAAUUGCACAGUUUUCUCACUCAUGUUCGUUCCAACAGGAUUCAGCAAAAAAAUCAAGGUGACAAGUGUGGAUGUAAUAUAACCUUUUGGUUUCCUGCUAGGAUAACCUGAAAUCUUUUGAAGACUCCAGGGAUAUUGUCGGUUAUUGAAGCCGCAGUCCUUCAGCAGGGAUCUGGUAAAACAGAGAAGCUACGCCCCCUUCUCAGCUGUGGGUCAAAGGAGGAGAGGAGACAAACAUGCCCAAACCGAUCAAUGUACGGGUCACCACCAUGGACGCGGAGCUGGAGUUUGCCAUCCAGCCCAACACCACCGGCAAACAGCUCUUUGACCAGGUGGUGAAGACAGUGGGGCUUCGAGAGGUCUGGUUCUUUGGCCUCCAGUACGUGGACAGCAAGGGCUACAGCACGUGGCUGAAGCUUAAUAAAAAGGUCACAGCCCAAGAUGUGAAGAAGGAGAACCCUCUGCAGUUCAAGUUCCGAGCCAAGUUCUUCCCUGAGGACGUGUCUGAAGAGCUGAUCCAGGAGAUUACACAGAGACUGUUCUUCCUGCAGGUGAAGGAGGCCAUUUUGAACGAUGAGAACUACUGCCCCCCGGAGACUGCUGUGCUGUUAGCCUCGUACUCCGUCCAGGCCAAAUACGCCGACUACAGCAAAGACCUCCACAAGCCCGGCUAUCUCACCCACGACAGACUGCUACCCCAGAGAGUCCUGGAGCAGCACAAGCUUACCAAGGAGCAGUGGGAGGACCGGAUACAGACCUGGCAUGAGGAGCACAGAGGCAUGCUAAGAGAGGACUCUAUGAUGGAGUAUUUGAAGAUCGCCCAAGACCUGGAGAUGUACGGCGUCAACUACUUUGAGAUCAAGAACAAGAAGGGAACUGAACUGUGGCUGGGAGUGGACGCUCUGGGACUCAACAUCUACGAACAUGAAGACAAACUGACACCAAAGAUUGGCUUCCCUUGGAGUGAGAUCAGAAACAUCUCAUUUAAUGAUAAGAAGUUUGUCAUCAAACCCAUUGACAAGAAAGCUCCAGACUUUGUGUUCUACGCGCCGCGGUUGCGGAUCAACAAGCGCAUCCUGGCUCUGUGCAUGGGGAACCAUGAGCUGUACAUGAGGAGGAGGAAGCCCGACACCAUCGAGGUCCAGCAGAUGAAGGCCCAGGCCCGUGAGGAGAAACACCACAAACAGAUGGAGAGAGCCCAGCUGGAGACUGAAAAGAAGAAACGGGAGCAUGCGGAGAAAGAGAAGGAGCGGAUUGAGCGAGAGAAGGAGGAGCUGAUGGAUAGACUGAGACAGAUCGAGGAGCAGACCAUGAGAGCCCAGAAAGAGCUGGAGGAGCAGACACGCAGGGCCCUGGAGCUGGAGCAGGAGAGGAAGAGGGCAAGGGAGGAGGCGGAGAGGCUGGAGAGGGAGAGGCAGGCCGCGGAGGAGGCCAAGGCAGAGCUGGCCAGGCAGGCCGCGGACCAGAUGAAGAACCAGGAACAACUGGCCGCUGAGCUUGGCGAGUUCACCGCCAAAAUUGCCCUGCUGGAGGAGGCCAAGAGGAAAAAGGAAGAGGAGGCCACUGAAUGGCAGCAGAAGGCGCUCUCAGCCCAGGACGACCUGGAGAAGACCAAGGAGGAGUUGAAGACCGUGAUGACCGUCCCACUGACGCCAGCCGGCGGCUCCACUGAGAGCGAGCACGAGGAGCAGGACGAGAACCAUGCCGAAGAUGGCGCCGAGCUCUCCCUCGAAGGCGUGAGCGCCCUGGACCUGCGCAGCGAGGAGGAGCGAGUCACAGAGGCUCAGAAAAACGAGCGUGUUAAGAAACAGCUACAGACGCUGAGCUCGGAGCUGGCUGAAGCCAGGGACGACACCAUGAAGACCCAGAACGACGUGCUGCACGCGGAGAACGUGAAGGCCGGGAGGGACAAGUACAAGACCCUGCGUCAGAUCCGUCUGGGCAACACCAAGCAGCGCAUCGACGAGUUUGAGUCCAUGUGAAACCCAUCUGGGUUAAACCCAUCUGAAUGUCGGCGACUCGCAUGGCGUCCACAUCAGACACUUUUUCUUCUACGGCCCCUCCCCCAAAAUAAGCAUAUCCACAAAGGUUCGAGAGGGGCAUGGCUGCCACCACCUCAGACUUUGCCAAAGCUCUGCCUGCGUCUCCAUCAGGAGUUUCCCAAACAGGCACAAGCAAUGCGUGUUAUUCUCCUUGUGUUGCAAAGAAUACUUCUGUGCUUUGCUUGCUAAUAUCUGUUGUGGAGACAUAAGAUGAAGCAAAAUGGGAAACAUUGGAUUUUUAAGCUAACAUACAUAGCCAUGGGAAGCUUUCUGUUGUAUUUGCUGGUAAGCCAGUAAGCUUAAGUAUUCCUCUUGUUUUUUUUGUUUUUUUUUAUUACAUAAUGUUGCUGUCUUACUUUUUGAGCUUAUCUGUUCUGACUAGCCCUUUUGCUUUUUUUGUGUUUCUCAUAAAAUGUGACGGUAGAUAUGUUGGUUCGAGACUGUUGGUGGAUCAAUCUAUUCUGUCAUCAACAUGGAGGAAAUGGUACACAUUGUUGGACAUAUUUCUGACUAUCCACUCAUCAUCGUUAAAGGGGAGACCAGUCACAUGAUCAUCUCUCUGAGAUCUUCCAUCUGAGAAGUGCCACCUUGCCAACCAAUCAUUGGUUUAGAAGAUAAGGAACAGUGUUUUUGGAGGAGCUUUCUAAAUUUGAAUGGGGUGAUCAUGUGACUGGUGUUCCCCUUUUAAUCAGACUGCAGGAGAGGUGUCAGUUAGGGCUGGACGUGAUGAGGCAAAAGACAUUGUGAUUUUUGAGAUUCACGAUGGGAUGUGGAUUCAGGGUAUUGAUAUAGAUUGGCAGAAUGGAAUCAUAGAAAUAGAAUGACUUGAAAAGCAAAGUGUCAAUGAGCAUCGUUUUUGUUUGGGACAAACUGUUAACUGUAUUUGACCUAACACAACUGCAGGCAAACUUACAGUGAUUUGGGGAGGAGAAACUGCACUGCUUUAAUGACAGAGGGGCUUGGUGUGUGUGGGAAGCAGCCACAAGAGGUGAAAAAAACACAAAGUGGAUUAAACUAAACCAGAGAACACGUCUAAAAUAUUUUGAAAAGAAAAAGGCAUCCUCUUACACAUCAAUAUUGGGAUUUUGAUUAACUGCGCAGCCUGUGUGUGAGUUGGAAUCCAAUGAUUUCCAUGUGAUAGACUGUAGAACAGGACUAUUCAUCUCCGCUCCUGGAGGCCCAAAUGUCUUCUGGUUUGCAUUCUCCUAAUAAGUGGACUGAAUAAGACCCGCCCCACCCCCCGACUCUUUCAGCCCCAUCAGACCAUAGUUGAAUAGCCCUGCUGAAGGAUAUAGUAAGAUCUAACCUGGUACAUAUUGUUGUAGUAAAACUAUUGGAGAUGUGCUGAUCUAUUGUGAAGAUAAGCUAAUUGAUUUGUGUGUGUUUAAGAAUAAGACAGAGAUGGGAGAAAAAUUGAGAGAAAACUGUUAGUCCUAGUGUUUGUUGUCCAGUCAUCAUAGAUGGGUUUUCUCUGCCUACCGGCUCGCAAAGGUCCAGGAAGGACAGACCGACAUGCCUGGGUGUUGUGAGAGUCUGUCUGUCUGCAUAGUAGCGACUUCGAGGUAUCCCGUGGUCUUUCUGUCUGGAGACGCAUAAAAACAUCAGUCCUUAGAGGAUGGAUCUCUACCUCAAUACUGUAACCAUGAUGACUGACCAAUCAAAUUCUCUUACACAGAUUUAUGGUCCAGUUGGCUGACUGUGGCUUGAGUUCCAGGGUGAAGGCAAUGUUUUAAGUUGUUAACAUUUCAACAGACGCAAGGUUUUCUUUUCUGCAAGAUGUACUUGUGAUAACACUGAAAUGUCACUAGUGGAGGGAAUUGAUAGAAUUCAAAUAACGUUUGGCACUAGUUUUAGAUGGUAAAGUCCUCUACUUCAUAUAGUAUCUUUAUGCUGUGUCACUACCUUAGUUUACCUAAAUUUGUCUGAACUGAAACUAUACCAUCAUUAUCUUAACAUUAUCCAGAAGAUCACGAAAGACCUAAGGUCCAAGCCAAUCCAACUUUCUCAGCACACUGAGUCUUAAUUCUCUGUAAGGGGUUCCUCUGGUUUCCCCUUAAAGUUGACACUAUGCAGGAUGAGGAAUUCAGUGUCCAAGGCUGUGAAGAGCUGCCGUGUUAGAAUGGGUUUCAGCGGUCUUGGGCUCUGGACCCACUGAUUGCCUGAGGAGAUUGCCAACCCAGCCAGAAGGAAACCAUUCUAUAUUUAUGGCAUUGGAUGGACCUUCCAUUCUCUCUCUCUGAUACAGCGUUAGGCAAAGGAUGGAAUCCCAAAGGCUGAGUGACACAAUUUUUGGACCUUACCAGACCAGUUCAGAUGACUGGGCCCCAUCUCUUGGACAACAACCCCCCCCCCCCCAUCUCUACCUUUUGAUUUAUGUGGAUAUAUAUAUUUUUUUUAAGUGGGAAUAGACAACAGGCCAAUUCGAUUUCAGUUCUCAAUAUUUUCUUGUCCGCCACUACGCAACCGCUACUCUUGCUCCAAAUCAAAAUAACUCCAGCUUUGUGGAAAACUGCUACCUAUUUUUUAUUUGCAAUGUCAAAAUUAUGUAUUUGGUAUGUUAUGCUACUGUAGACAUUCGGUUUAAUUUGAGAUAUUAAAGCCAGAGUUUGAUUUAAGUAAAGCACUUGUUUGGACCCAGAGGACAAUGAACGGGCUUGACCCAAACCCGCCUUUCAGUUAACCCAGUGAGUGUUCAGGUAUAGGGGUUGUAUUUGCCAUAGCAGGCGAAAGAACUGUGCUUCCAACUGAUGUUCUGUUACACGUUUUGAGGUUGAUAUACCAGCAUGCAUCUGUAGCUCCCUGGAGAGGAGAGGAACCCUCCUCUACGUCUCCGCGUGUCAGGCAGAAUGCUUUGAGUUGGGGUUUUCCUAUUGGGUGAGCCUGUUGGCCUGCUUGUGUCACUUCCAAUGAGCUGCAUCAUUGAUGCCUGUGUCGGAACCAGCUGUCAUGUUUGUAUUUCAGUUUUUCCAUAUGUUCAUAUUUGUGUUCUGUAAAAGAGAAGGCACAUUUGAAACUCAGUCAUUUGAUUCACAAUAAAACAUUUCAGAUUA